CCUUUAAACAGCGGGGCCCGCCCCGCGCCCGCCGCACUCGCGCUGACUCGGCCGCCGGCGGCGUUCGUGCCGGCUGGGGCGAGCGAGCGGGCGGGCGGCGAGGAGGGAGAGCGCCUCACCUGGCCUUGCAGCCGCCGUCGCCGGCCAGGGGUGUGGAGGGCGCACGGCCCGCGACGUCCGCUAGAUCGUCCGGGUCCGCCGGGGGUCGGGCAGCGAUGGAACCGGGGCCCGCGGGGCCCUCCUCCGGCGCCCCGAGGCCGGCCGGAGUCGGAGAGACGCCGCCAGCCGCCGCCGCCGGGCUGGAGCUGCCCGGCACGGCGGUGCCCUCGGUGCCGGAGGAUGCUGCGAGCCGGGGCGGCGGCGGCGGGGUCCGCGCGGAGAGCGCCGCCGCGGCCGGCGAUGGGCUGGGCAGACCCCUGGGGCCCACGCCGAGCCAGAGCCGCUUCCAGGUGGACUUGGUUUCCGAGAACGCAGGGCGGGCCGCGGCGGCCGCUGCAGCUGGGGCCGGGGGCGCUAAGGAGACCCCCGCGGACGGCAAGAGCGGCGGCGAGAGCGGGCCGGCCAAGGGCAGCGAGGAAGCCAAGGGCCGCUUCCGCGUGAACUUCGUGGACCCUGCCGCCUCCUCCUCGGCGGACGACAGCCUGUCGGAUGCGGCGGGCGUCGGAGGCGACGGGCCCAACGUGAGCUUCCAGAACGGCGGGGACACGGUGCUGAGCGAGGGCAGCAGCCUGCACUCGGGUGGCGGCAGCGGGCACCACCAGCACUACUACUAUGAUACCCACACCAACACCUACUACCUGCGCACCUUCGGCCACAACACCAUGGAUGCCGUGCCCAGGAUCGACCACUACCGGCACACGGCCGCGCAGCUCGGCGAGAAGCUGCUGCGGCCCAGCCUGGCGGAGCUGCACGACGAGCUGGAAAAGGAACCUUUUGAAGAUGGCUUUGCCAAUGGGGAAGAAAGUACUCCCACCAGGGAUGCUGUGGUCACAUACACUGCAGAGAGUAAAGGUGUCGUCAAGUUCGGCUGGAUCAAGGGUGUGUUGGUACGUUGUAUGUUAAACAUUUGGGGUGUUAUGCUGUUCAUUAGACUGUCUUGGAUUGUGGGUCAAGCAGGAAUAGGUCUUUCAGUCGUCGUCAUAAUCAUGGCCACUGUCGUGACAACUAUCACAGGAUUGUCGACUUCAGCAAUAGCUACUAAUGGAUUUGUAAGAGGAGGCGGAGCAUAUUAUUUAAUAUCCAGAAGUCUAGGACCGGAGUUUGGUGGUGCAAUUGGUCUGAUCUUUGCUUUUGCAAAUGCUGUUGCAGUUGCUAUGUAUGUGGUUGGAUUUGCAGAAACUGUGGUGGAGUUGCUUAAGGAACAUUCCCUACUUAUGAUAGAUGACAUCAAUGAUAUCCGAAUUAUUGGAGCCAUUACAGUGGUGAUUCUUUUGGGUAUCUCAGUAGCUGGAAUGGAAUGGGAGUCAAAAGCUCAGAUUGUUCUUUUGGUGAUUCUACUUCUUGCUAUUGCUGACUUCGUCAUAGGAACGUUUAUCUCACUGGAGAGCAAGAAACCCAAAGGUUUCUUUGGCUAUCAAACUGAAAUAUUUAAUGAGAACUUUGGACCUGAUUUUCGCGACGAGGAGACUUUCUUUUCUGUGUUUGCCAUCUUUUUUCCUGCUGCAACUGGCAUUCUGGCAGGAGCAAACAUCUCAGGUGAUCUAGCGGAUCCUCAGUCAGCCAUACCCAAAGGAACACUCUUAGCCAUUUUAAUUACUACGGUGGUUUACAUAGGAAUUGCAGUAUCUGUAGGUUCUUGCGUUGUUCGGGAUGCCACUGGGAAUGCUAAUGACACUAUUGUGACAGAGUUCACAAACUGUACCUCUGCCGCCUGCAAACUAAACUUUGACUUUUCAUCUUGUGAAGAAAAAGAUGGUGUGUGUGCCUACGGCCUCAUGAACAACUUCCAGGUCAUGAGCAUGGUGUCGGGAUUUGCACCAUUAAUUUCUGCAGGCAUCUUUUCAGCCACACUUUCUUCAGCAUUAGCAUCUCUUGUGAGUGCUCCUAAAAUAUUUCAGGCUCUGUGUAAGGACAAUAUCUACCCAGCGUUCCAGAUGUUUGCUAAAGGUUAUGGGAAAAACAAUGAACCUCUUCGUGGCUACAUUUUAACAUUCUUAAUUGCACUUGGAUUCAUCUUGAUUGCUGAGUUGAAUGUUAUUGCUCCAAUCAUCUCAAAUUUCUUCCUUGCAUCAUAUGCACUGAUCAAUUUUUCAGUAUUCCAUGCAUCACUUGCAAAAUCUCCAGGAUGGCGCCCUGCCUUCAAGUACUACAACAUGUGGAUAUCCCUUCUUGGAGCAGUUCUGUGCUGCAUAGUGAUGUUUGUUAUUAACUGGUGGGCUGCUCUGCUGACCUAUGUAAUCGUCCUGGGCCUGUAUAUUUAUGUUACCUACAAGAAACCAGACGUGAACUGGGGCUCCUCCACGCAAGCCUUGACGUACCUGAACGCACUGCAGCACUCGAUUCGCCUCUCUGGGGUGGAGGACCACGUGAAGAACUUCAGGCCACAGUGUCUUGUGAUGACGGGUUCUCCAAAUUCACGGCCGGCUCUGCUUCAUCUUGUUCAUGAUUUCACGAAAAAUGUUGGCUUGAUGAUCUGCGGCCAUGUACAUACGGGCCCUCGAAGACAAGCCAUGAAAGAGAUGUCCAUUGAUCAAGCCAAAUAUCAGCGAUGGCUUAUUAAAAACAAAAUGAAGGCCUUUUAUGCUCCAGUUCAUGCUGACGACUUGAGAGAAGGUGCGCAGUAUUUGAUGCAGGCUGCCGGUCUUGGACGAAUGAAACCAAACACACUUGUCCUCGGAUUUAAGAAGGAUUGGUUACAAGCGGAUAUGAGGGAUGUGGAUUUGUAUAUAAACUUAUUUCAUGAUGCCUUUGACAUACAGUAUGGGGUAGUGGUUAUCCGCCUAAAGGAAGGUCUGGACAUAUCUCAUCUUCCAGGUCAAGAAGAAUUACUGUCCUCACAAGAGAAGUCUCCUGGUGCCAAGGAUGUGGUCCUCAGUGUGGAGUGUAGCAAAAAGCCGGGAUUAGAGCCUUCCAAGCCAUCUGGUGAAAAAAGUGUGAAAGAUGAGGAAGAGGAUGGCAAGACUCCAACUCAACCACUGUUGAAAAAAGAGUCCAAAGGCCCUGUUGUGCCUCUCAGUGUCGCUGACCAGAAGCUGCUGGAAGCUAGCACACAAUUUCAGAAAAAACAAGGAAAGAACACUAUUGAUGUCUGGUGGCUUUUUGAUGAUGGAGGUUUGACUUUAUUGAUACCUUACCUUCUGACUACCAAAAAGAAGUGGAAAGACUGUAAGAUCAGAGUAUUCAUUGGUGGAAAAAUAAACAGAAUAGACCACGAUCGGAGAGCGAUGGCAACUUUGCUGAGCAAGUUCCGGAUUGACUUCUCCGAUAUUAUGGUGUUGGGAGACAUCAACACCAAACCAAACAAGGAAAAUAUUGCAGCUUUUGAUGAAAUGAUUGAGCCAUACAGACUUCAUGAAGAUGAUAAAGAACAAGACAUUGCAGAUAAAAUGAAAGAAGAUGAACCCUGGCGAAUAACUGAUAAUGAACUUGAACUGUAUAAAACUAAGACAUACCGGCAGAUCAGGUUAAAUGAGCUACUGAAGGAGCAUUCAAGCACAGCCAAUAUCAUUGUCAUGAGUCUGCCAGUUGCCCGCAAAGGUGCUGUGUCCAGUGCCCUCUACAUGGCCUGGCUGGAAGCCCUGUCCAAAGACCUGCCGCCCAUCCUCCUUGUCCGUGGGAAUCAUCAGAGUGUCCUUACCUUCUAUUCCUAAGCGUGCCACACAGCGGACAGCCCGAGGGAAGGAACGGAACUCUUCAGCGACACGUUCACAUCCUGGUGGCAAACAGUGACUUUUCAAUUUCACUAUUUCUUUGAUUUGAUAGCACACAGAGAAGUAGCUCCAUUGACGAGUGGAUAGAGACUUCAGUUCUGGUCACUUCCAUAUCUCAAUGUUCAUGAACAAUGAUUCUUUGUGGCUGAGCUCAAGUUCAUGAGAGUAAAGUUUUCCUUUGCUACUUGAA